GCCGGUUCCCUUGGUGACGGGCAACGCGCGAAAGAUGGCGGCGCCGGCGGAGACUGAGGCGGCCGAGGCGGCCGAAUUGAGCCGCGUGUUGGGACGCCUGCUCCCGGGCCUGGAGGCGGACAGCAAGAUGGGGCGGCGGCGUGCGCUGGAAGCCCUGCAGCGCACUCUGGAGGAGGUGGUGCCGCCCGGCGCCGACCCUACCACCUUCCAGGGCCCCUGGGCGCGCCUGCUGCUUCCGCGCUUGUUGCGCCUCCUGGCCGACCCCGCCGAGGGCUGCCGCGCGCUGGCCGCGCACCUACUGGAUUUGGGCCUGCGCCGCGCCGCGCGGCCCUGCGACGCCCUGCCGCGCCUGAUGCCUGCGCUGGCCGCGCGACUGGCCCGGCCCGAGCCCGCGCGGCCACCGCCAGAGCCCUGCGAGGAACUGCGUCUGGCGCUUGUGCAGCUACUCAACUCGGCUGUGGGUCUAGGCGGCGCCGCGCUCGCUCCGCACCUAGACGACGCUGUGCGCGCGCUGCGGGGCGCACUACUUGACCCUUUCGCCGCGGUGCGCCGAGAGAGCUGCAAGUGCGCCUCCGCCCUGGCGCGCGCCACACCAGAACACUUUCACAUGCAGUCGGAGUCUCUGAUUGGCCCCCUGAUGCAGACCAUCUCCCAUCAGCACUGGAAGGUCCGGGUGGCUGUCAUUGAAGCUACAGGCACAGUGAUCCAGUUUGGCAACGGGAAGUCUGUGGAUGACGUGCUUUCCCACUUUGCUCAGCGGCUCUUUGAUGAUGUCCCUCAGGUGCGGCAGGCGGUGACCUCUGUGGUGGGGGGCUGGCUCCUGAGUCUGCGGGAUCGCUACUCCUUUUUCCACAAGCUCAUCCCUUUGUUGCUGAGUAGCUUCAAUGAUGAGAUACCUGAGAUCAGGCAGUUGGCCGCCAGCCUCUGGGAGAAAAUUGGUCUGCAGUGGCAGGAGGAGAAUGAGGCGGAUCUGAAGGACAAGCUAGACUUCGCCUUGGCCCCACCACCCCACUACCCCCAGCAAGAGAGCCGCCCUGGGCUAGGUUGUCGGGAGCUGGUCUUCAGGAACCUCUCCAAGGUCCUUCCUGCCAUCUGUCGGGACAUCACCGACUGGGUAGUGGGGACCAGGGUGAAGUCUGCACAGCUCCUGCCAGUACUGCUGCUGCACGCAGAGGACCAUACCACUCAGCACUUGGAAAUCAUCCUCAGAACCCUGCAGCAGGCCUGUGCUGAUGAGGAGAAGGCCGUGGUUAGCAGUUGCAUGAAGUCCGCAGAACUGAUUGGGACAUUUGUCAGCCCGGAAGUGUUUCUGAAGCUGAUCCUGUCGAUGCUGAAGAAGGCACCCUCUUCCUCUAGCCUUUUGGUCCUUGCUUCAGUCAUUCGAGGCUGCCCACGGGAUGCCCUCCAGCCACACCUCAAGGUCAUCGCCAUGGAGCUAGCCCAGGCCCACAUUUGCCAGGCAUCUGAAAACAGCCUCUACCUGGAGCACCUGCUGCUAUGUGUGCAGGCCCUGGUGUCUACAUGUCAGGAGGACUGCAGUGCAGCCAGCCUACAGCUCAUGGAGGUGCUGCUGACCAUAAUAGCUGUCUCAGGUGCCACUGGACUUGGAGAUAAGGCCCAGGAGACUAUGAAUGCAUUGGCCUCGGUGGAGAAUGUCCCCAGCAGCCAGGACCUCUAUCGCAAACACAUGGGCCCCCUCCUGGAGCGGCUGACUGCUUCACACAGCGACUGGACAGUGCAUUCUGUAGAGCUGCUGCAGUUCAGUGUGAUCGUCACCCAGUCAGGCCCUGCUGUUGGAGAAGCGCUGCAACACAUGGUCCCCACCCUACGGGCCUGUCUGCAACCUGCCAAAGACCCACACAUGCGCCUGAAGCUCUUCUCUGUCCUCUCCUCAGUGCUGCUAAGACCCAAGGACACCAUUGACUCACAGGGGCAGUUCCACGGCUACCUGGAGAUGGUGCUGAAGGACAUCCUGGCUCCCAAUCUGCAGUGGAGAGCAGGGAGAACAGCUGCAGCCAUUCGCACAGCUGCUGUGUCCUGUCUGUGGGCGCUCACCAGCAGUGACAUCCUGUCAGCCACACAGAUGCAGGAAGUGCGGGAAGCACUGAUGCCACAGGUGCUGGCCACCCUGGAGGAGGACACCCAGACCACCCGGCUUAUUUCCUGCCGUGUCCUGAACACAUUUUUAAAGACAGCUGGUGACACAAUGGAUCCAGAUAAACUCAUCAAGAUUUAUCCAGAGCUCUUGAAGCGCCUGGAUGACGUGUCUACUGAAGUGAGGCUGACAGCGGCCUCCACCUUGCUCACCUGGCUGCAGUGCGUCCAGAGCUCCGAGGGGAGAGCCUACUAUCAGAGCAGCAUUCAGUACCUGUACCGGGAGCUCCUUGUGCACCUGGAUGACCCCGAGCGCACCAUCCAGGACGCAAUCUUAGAGGUCCUCAAAGAGGGCAGCGUGCUGUUUCCAGACCUCCUAGUACGGGAGACCGAGGCCGUCAUCCACAAGCACCGCUCAGCCACCUACUGUGAGCAGCUCCUACAGCACAUGCAGGCUGCUGCGACCGCUCAGUGACCACCGGCUUCGGGGCCAGCACCCAGCUCAGCCUCCCCGGCCACAUCCACAGCCUUGACACCUUGUCUGCAGCCCAAGAGGACCACAGCAAGAAGAAGACACCAGGACAACCCUGCUGUUCAUCCUCCAGGAAGGUGCUCUGGGCCCACUCUGAGUGACAUGCUGGUGGUUCUGUAUUUUGGGUUUUAUUCAGAGGCCCCCCAAAAUCCCACCUGAGUUAAGGUUAAAAUUGAAGGCCAGUGACCUCACAAGAAAGCAAGUUGUCAGACACUUUACUUUCCUGAACCUCACGUGCAUCCCUGGGUCCUGUCCUGUUUAAGUGCCCACCAGUCACGUUCUUAACUAUUCAAGAAUGAAGAAAAAAAGCCAAAGUAGUUAAAAGGAAAUGUCAUCUUUCUUUGGGUUCUAUCUCAGACUGAAAAGAAUUGGAAAUCUUAUGAAGUUUUCCCAUUUUAAAUGUACUGGACCUUGCCCCGGGAGGUGCAUGGCCACCGGUUUUCAUCAGUAACGCUGGCCGUGUUAAGAACAGCUCCUCAGACCUCAUGGGAGCAGCAGUAAAGAUUGUAUUUUAUUCUUCCCCACUUUCUACACCCAAGUGCCUAAAUGAUUUUGUUUCAGUGGGUGUUGUUACCAGUGUUGCCAGUGUUUAUGUUAACAUGGGGAAAGGCUGUGUAUAUUUUCCAACAAUCAAAUAUUAAC